CUGAUAGCCUACAAGUAUCCUGAAAAAUAGUCGGGGCAUUUUGGUUACAUUUCGUUUCCAAAUGAAAUGUUCUUAUUAUGUAAAUCGUUGAUCAUAGGCUCGUUAAAUAAUAGCCUGCACUCCUUCCGUAUUACCAUGUUUCUGUAAGUUGCUGUACCAUGUGCCUCGGUUUCCCAUGGUGUCUUGUUCAUGAGUGAAGCAUGCUGGGAAAAUAUAACAAAGUCGUGUGUGAAGGGUCUGCGGUAAGUCCCACACGAACAUCUCCUUUUACAAGCAUGUCUGCUGAAGCCGAUGGCACCGUCGACUUUUUAAAGAAGGCCUCCAUUUAUUACAAAGACAUCUGUCCGGAGCAGUCCCGCUUUCUGAUGCUACGACAGCAACGUAUGAAAGGCGGGAAGGAGCCGGACGGAACGCUCUGCCCGUUCUGUUUCCAGUGGCGACACGCCGUCGAGCAGCGAGUCCGGAUCAGGCCGAAGCGCAGGGCCUCCGGCCGCGUCCAGAAGCUUCUGCGGCGGGAGGCGGCCCGGAAGCGCCUCGGCCCGGAGCAGCUGAAGGCCCUGAGAAGGUUCCGGAACUCCUGCAGCACUCGGAUGGCCACUUGCCACACCUGCAACAGGACUUCAAAGAGCCGCGGCGUGAGCAGGGACACUGUGGCAGCCCUCUCCAAGACCCACAACACCCCCAGGAAUUCUGGAAAACCGAAAACAGCCGGUCGGACCCCCCACUCUGGGGGUGGAAAAGUUCUCCUGAAAUCCACAGAGAAGACACCCUAUGGAACACCCAGGUCCGCUUCCUCGGAGUCGGCCGGCACCCCUCCCUCGACGCUGGGCAGCGCCAAGAAGUCGGCCUUCUCGCGGCUCAGGAAGAUCCUGACGUUGUCGGAGACCCCGACGAAGGAGAAGGGAGGCCUGAAGGCCUUCCUCUCUUCCCUCUGAGCCGCCCGGGCCGCGCCCGCCCCUCCCCUCCGGCCCGCUGCCAGCGCGGCUGGCGAUCCGCGCGGAGAACGGCUUCGCCUGGGAUUCCGAGCGACGCGCGGGGCGGCCCCCCCCACCGCCCACCGGCUUAGCGCCCACUUCACUGCUAAAUUCACGGCGCGGUUCUGACAUCCCGCCACUGGGCUGUCCCGCAGGAAGAAACCCCAGAAGCGCUUCUCUGGAACUUUUCUGUCCUCGUUGUCUAAUGUAGGUGCCAAAAGAAUCAGUCUUGCACCGAGACAAGGAAUUUCCACAGGGCGUUAUAAAGUAUAUAUGCUCACAAAGUGGAUAUUGAUAAUAUAUGCUUUGCAUUGUAUUGAGUACCGCUCUCUAAAAGAGGUGGUCUUCAACCUUUUUGUAAAUAAAAAAAAAAUGAAUGUUCUAUACUGCUGUCUUAUGUAUUUCUCAUGCACAGUUUUCAGUUAAUUUCAUUUUGUAUCAAUUUUGUUGACUCACUUGGUGGUACAUUAAAAAUGUUUAUGUAGCAUAUUGGCUUUGGACCACGACAGUAUUGUGGUACGCCAAGUUUCAAAAGACAUUUUUUUAUGCAUAAAGUGUUCAUGUGCAUUGGUCCAGACAAAGACUGUUUGCAGGACAACGGACUUGUGUGGACUGCCGUGUUUACAUUAAAGUUAUCCUGCCUUACACUUUUAAGGAUUUUUUUUUUCUUUUUACAAAAAAAAGACCAAAUAAAUCAAAGGCGCGGUGGCCAUGCUAUUACAUUUAUAUUUUGUAGUGCUGUACAAUACAGUUUAUAUUCAACAUUUUUCUUUUUUUAUACAUGUUAGUGUGUUGAAUAUGUGUAGAUUCACAAGGCCUUUCAGACAGUAUUUUUUACACUUACUGGGUUGUAUAUUGUACAAAGUAAGUAAGCAAAGUAAGGUAUGUUUUGGGUUAAAUGUUUCAUUUAAGAAGCUCGGUAUAAUUGGAUGGCAAGUACAAUGUACCCUUUUAUCAAUGUAAUAACUUGUGAAUAACUAAUGUAAUUCUCUGUACGUGAUUGAAGUCAGCUCAGCCUUUGUGCGAAAAUAAAACUUUUCUCAUCCA